AUGUUCGGCAGUUAUGUCCUGGGCAGAGCGAAAGCAGAAUAUAUCCUAGCCCGCUGCCUGGUAUUCAUAUUCACCUACUUCGGGCUGCUCUGUGGCGGCUACUUUAUUGUCGCAGCUACGUACGGCGGCAUCCCCUGCAUCACACACCCAGUCUCGAUAGCCAUCGAGGUCAUCGCCGCCGUCGAGCUGCUAUGGUUUCUCUUCGCGUACAUGCCAUUCCGCAAGCUGGCACAGCGCAACACCACGACAGAUUGUACCCUCCUACAGCCGGAACCGCUGAACAGAGCAGAGCGCGCCGCCUUCUUCGCAAAAUGCAUGUCGCUCGUCCCAGACAUGGAAUACUUCAUCCGCAAGUGGGUGCAAAAUGCGCACCUCGACGACGUCCGCCGCGACAACGUUAAAGACUGGCUGCUCUGGGGCCUCUUUGACCGCGAGGGGCCUCCGGGAGAGGAUGAUGAGGAGCUUGAGCAGUACAUCAGCCAGGCCGAAGCUCGUCUGGGCUAUCCAAUUCGGAAAGGUAGGGGAGAGUGCGAAGCCAUCAGGCUGAGCUUCGACCCAGUCAAAAUGAAUCAUCGCAGCCUCUUCUUCUACCUUAUCAUCUGGUGCAUAGACCACUUCACCGCCGUCUUCCUGUACCUGAUGGGAUUCCGGCACUAUCGCCAGAAGCGGUCCAAGUUCUUUCGCCAGUUCCCCCCACGGCCCCUGGCUCUCCUGGCGCCCAAGCAGGCGGCGGCGCCCGGCCACCUGAGCUUCUGGGCUAGACCACACCGAUCCGUCACCCGCAGACCCGUCAUCUUCAUACAUGGCGUCGGCGUCGGUCUAUUCCCCUAUAUGCAGUUCUUUCGCUCCAUCCCGCGCGACGUCGGCAUCCUCGCCGUGGAGAUGAUGCCCAUCGCGGGGCGCCUGUGCGAGGCGAUGCCGAGUGCGAACAACAUCGUCGCCUCCAUCGCCGCCGCGCUCGACCAGCUGGGCCCCGACUUCGACGACUGCGUGCUCGUUGCCAACAGCUACGGCACCUUCAUGACCACGCCGCUGCUGCUCUCGCCCGCCGUGAGCCCAAAGAUCAGCUCCCUCGUCCUCGCCGACCCCGUCGCGUUCCUGCUGCACCUCCCCGACGUGGCCUACAACUUCACCCGCCGGCGGCCCCGCAAGUACCGCGGCGACGAGUGGCAGAUGCACCUGAACGACUGCGUCGUUAAUGCCCCCGCCGUGGCCAGCUACGUCGAGUACGACUCGGCCGAGUGCACGCCCGCCGACCUGGCCUCCCUCACGUCGAGCGAGAAGUGGUGGACCGGCUCGUGCCCGCUCGAGCUCAUCUGGCUCCCCGGCGAGGGCCACGGCGCCGCCCUCCUCAGCGGCCGCUGCAUCCCCGUCGCCACCCGCGUCCUGGACCGGUACUGCGUCAAGACCGAGGCGGUACCCGCCCCGCCUGACAAGGAGACCCAGGCCGGAAACGAGAGGAGGGACUCGACAACUUCGUUGGACACUACUUGUUGACUAUCCGUCUUUCCCGUCGCAAUCUCUCUCGCCUUUGCUAUUUUGUGGUACUACAGAGGCACCUCGCUGUCUAUCUGAAGGCAUUUUUGUGCUCUUGUUUUUAUUUAUUCCCUUCAUCUUCUAUGUCUUUGACGCUUCAGCUUGGCUGGCCCGGGCUGCGCUCUGGCGGUGUUUGUAGCUUAUGGGUUUUCAGGCCCUGUAGCCCCAAGAACCACUGCAGACUCUACCAAAAUCUCCAGAUUCCAGACGGCGCCUGCACGUCGGCCAUUAUCACCCGGCUCAAGAUCAGCUGAAGUCAUUGAACUCGGUGUUCAGCUCACACCAGAUCUUCUCGAGCCCGUGCGGAUUUGAACCCCAAUACUCCUCCUUCCAGUACCGCCAUGGGGCCACGUACGGACAGAGCUCGUUCUUGUCCGGCCCCGCCAUAUUCAUCAGCAGCUUUUGCAUACCUGCUCUGGCUCGGAGCGCCGCCCGCGACCGCCCCUCCAGCCUCGACGUCCGCGAGGUCAGAUGCAUGAUGCUAGCAGCCAUCCCGGCCGCUAUCGCCGUGGCGAACGAUGUCCCCUCCUUGAUGACGUAGUCGUCGUCCUCAAGAAGGCAGAUUCCAGUGCCCAGCGUCAUGAGAUUGUCGUUGUCCUUUUCGGCGCGGGGAUUGAUGCCGCAGCUUUUGCCGUCGCUGUCCGAGGCGUGGAUGCAAAAUACGUCGCGGUGCGUGGACGGGAAUGCCCGCGCCUUGUUCUUACCGUCGUUCGAUGCCGCCGCGAAGAACAGUCUGGUCCUUUCUCUCGAAAUCUCAUCUUCAAUGUUCUUCUUGAUUCUCCUCCAUUUGUCCAUGGAUGCGCAAGACCCCGGAGGCUCCAGCCCGAAGGACAUGGAGAUGACGUCGACAUUCCAGGUUGUCACACAGUGCUUGAUUGCCUGCAUUAAGUUAAUAUCUCGGCGUCGGGCGCAACUUUGCGCAGAAGUGAGGCGCAGUGAGUGCCGUGCCCGUCACGAUCAUGGAAGGCGCUGGUGUCGAGGGGGGCGCUGGGGUUGAGGAGGUCGUGAACAAAGUUGAUACACCAAUCUUUUUUCAUGUGCGUGCCAUCAAAGUCGAUCCCGGCAUUGUUCAUGUCGAUACCGGUGUCCAGAAUGGCUACGCGAACAGGUCUUGGUGAUGUAAUGCUGUUGCUCCUUUCGCUCAGGUAAUGCUCGAACUUCGCCCUAAAGUUGUCGAGCUUGAGGAAGAAACUAUUUCCUUGGCUGCUCAUUUUGAAGAUCCCGUCAGCAGUUGGGCGCUGGAUAUGCGUGUGUGUUAUAGACGAGAUGAUCCCUUACUCAUUCUCUCCACCGAUCUUUCCACCUAGCUUAGAGCCGUCAAAUAAUCUCACCACGGGUUGCUGCGUAGGCUGCAUGUCCA